AUGGCCUCCGCCGCCGUCUCCUCCAUCCCCGCUCACGAUCCCGCCGGAUCGAUCCAGCAGCAGACUGCUUCGUUUCCCGUGCCUCCAGCCGACAAGACCAAGCACCACGUCCAGACAACGCUGAACUACUACAAGGACCCGGGCGAUGGCACUCCGCCGCGCCCCAGCUACGUCGGCCAGCCCGAGACGUACGACCGGCCGAUCGACCCGCUGACGGCGACCAUCACCGACAUCAGCGGCAACGAGCUCGACUACACGCUCGACAAGCACGGGUUCCAGAUCUACUACCACGAGAGCAAGGAGAAGGAGUUUGUCGACGACGAGAAGAUCAGGCGCGAGUAUUAUCCGGAGACGGAGCAGUUGCUGAAGGAUGCAACCGGCGCAACCCGGAUCUUCAUCUUCGACCACACGAUCCGACGACACACGAAGGACGAGCGAGCGCAGCAAUUGCGCGGACCAGUGCAGCGCGUGCACAUCGACCAGUCGUACCAAGCAGCGACAAACCGAGUGAAAUACCACCUCCCAGAAGAAGCCGACCGGCUGCUGAAAGGACGAUACCAGAUCAUCAACGUCUGGCGACCAAUCAAGCCAAUCUACAAGGACCCGCUAGCGGUAGCAGACGCCCACUCGGUGCCAGACAGCGACCUGAUACCCGCGAAACUGAUCUACCCAGACCGCGAGGGCGAGACGUACGUCGUCAAAGCCAACCCGGCGCACAAGUGGUACUACCGGUACGGGCAGACUCCCGAUAUUGUCACGCUGAUCAAGUGCUUCGACUCCAAGACGGAUGGCCGCGCGAGGCGCGUGCCGCAUACGGCGUUUGUGAAUCCCGAGACGGUUGAUUAUCCUCCGAGAGAGAGUAUUGAGGUUCGCGCGUUGGUGUUUCAUCCUGAUGAUACCGAGUAG